AUGGACCCAGAUGGCAGCCCACCGUUCAAGGCCGCCGCCAGUAAUCCUAUGCUAGGAUACGAAGCCGAAGAAUGGCAGCUACCACGCGAGGACACCACCGGUGCGAUGCUUGAGACCCUACCAAUCAGCCAAAUUGCAUACGACGCACAGGACUUCUCCCAGGGGUCCACAAUCGACCCGAGCCUACUGCUCAGUCACACGGGUACUACGGAGACGCCUCCAGGGGUUGGCGAGAUGUCAGCUGAGAUGGACUUCGUCAUGGGCAUGGAUAUUAAUGUUGGCCCUUCUCCGUAUCAGGCGCGAGCGAGCAAUGAUUUGAACGCGGAGGAGGAUCACACAGACGCUUUCUAUUCAACAUCUCCCUAUUCCUCAUCAAUGUCCGAUUCUUCUGAAUUUAGUUGCGAGAAUGAUUUCAGCGGUGGAGUUUUAGCUGAACCGCCAGCUACUGGUACCUCGGCCGAGCCCCUUCCUUCUUCAGGGGUAGGCAUGGACUCGGCACCUUCGGCCUCUGGUUCUCCUCGGCAUCGCCAUCGUGGCAAGCAUACCAAGCCUUUGAAGUGUCCCAAAGAGCCUGAAGGCUGUACUUACCGCGCACAGUUCAACAAGGAGAUUGAGAAGCAUAUCUGGAGCAGACACGUCAAAUGGGCUGAGGAGACCAACCGUACGCCGAUCAGGAAGCAGUGCAGGUUAUGCGAAGCGAUACUGGAGAGGCCGGACAAUGUCAAACGACAUAUGGACGAAGUUCACCACAAAAUCAAGAGGAAAAGGGGUCCAGGUGGUUGA